AUAAGAUAUGUAGGUCGUAUUCUUGUUAGUCAGGAAAAACUAGUUGGUAGACAUUCUGGGUUUCGUUCCCUCCCCUUUGCUCUUCCUCUACUUUUCACUCUGUCAUCGCCUCUUCUCACUGCCAGUCAUUUUUUUUUGUCCCAGUGAGAUUGUGAGCUCCUCUCUUCCAUUCUUUCUCUCGAACUCUCCUCUUGUUGGUUUGCUAUUUUUGGUGGUUGUGACCCCCCUGUUAUACCAUGGGAGACCCUGUGCCUUUCUCCGUCCUGAACGAGAGACUGAGACCACAGUUCACUGCCAUGGAACGCCUCUGCUACUCCCUGGACACCCUGGAAGAUGGACCACAGCGGCCUGGCACGGUCAGGGGCGGUUCAAACACACGGUCUACAAUACUGAGAGAUGAAAUACAAACACAGGACGAUUCAAGCUCGACCACGACCGAACCAGAGGAUGACCCAGAGAAAGAGGAUGUGGUCACAGAAGGGUUGACGUCUCUGACCGAAGAGGGUGACGACUGUCAUGAACUGUUGACCAUGAGCAUGAUCAGUAACUGCUUGAUGCCGUCUUUGACCGUAGAAGAUGCUAGUCCUGAUGAUUCUGGUGAGCUGACCGUGGUCAGGGAGAGUUUGACCAUAGAGAAUGGCGGUCUAGGUGGUUUGACCAUGGUCAGUGAGGGAGAUGGAGAUGGUUCUGAUGAGGUCAGUGAGGGAGAUGGUUCUGAUGAGGUCAGUGAGGAUAAGAGCCCUUUCAGACGGAGCUACGUAGACAGAACCUUACCGGACCUCAUCAGGAAUGGACGACCGCUCAGCAGACGCAGAACACUAGGACCAGUCUCAGACACGUUGAAGGAGGUGCGUCGGGAGGUGGCGCUGUCUCUGAGACGCAGUCUGAGGCUGAAGGCUCAGGUGGACAAACUACAGGAGAACAGAGACGAACCAGAAUGGAGCCAACACAGGGAGAAGGUUACAGAGGAGGUUCAGUCCAUUCUGAGGUUGUUGCUUCCUCUGACAGAAGCAGAGUCCAGCUCAGUAGAACCAUCUGGUCAGGAGAACAGUCUGGAUACAGCCCUGGUCCUGCUGCAGAACGUAGCACGCAAACUAGCUCUCAGCCACACAGCACAGGAUUCCAAGUCCUGGGUUCAGAAAGGGAAUGGUGUAGAUGACAGCGCUAUUCUACAACAGGCACUACGGGACAGAGACGAUGCCAUGGAGAAGAAGAAGGCCAUGGAGGCGGAGCUUCUCCGUAGUAAGACAGAGAUGAUGUUACUGAACAACCAGCUGCUGGAGGCUGUGCAGAAACGACUGGAGCUCUCGCUGGAACUAGAGGCCUGGAAGGACGAUGUCCAGAGGAUCCUGCAGCAGCAGCUCCAGAGCCAGCAGGCAGCAGAACAAGCCCAGAGGAAGCCCUCCCGUCUGGGGCUGAUGAGGAGGACCAAAGGACCCACACACCAGAAGCCAGCCUCUACCCCUACCCAUACCACCUCUACCUACAAUCCUGGACAGGUCGUCCGUAACCCUGUUCCCUCCCCUGCCCCCCAACGCAACCCCGUCACCUGGAGGGAUAGGCUGAAAAUGGGGAAGAUGGGUCGUCAUGGUGACCAGGAUGCAGCGCAGGCUUCACCGAUGUCGCGGUCGUCGAGCAGUAGCAGCAGCAGACCGGAGGAGGGGUUUCAUACCAUAGACUUAUAAUACUUCAUACCAUGGGAGGGACACAAAUCAUAGCUACUUUAUACUUUUUUCAAACUGUGGAUUCUUACUGGGAGAGAUACAUGGAUUGAGCUGAUAGUUGACGUGAGUUAUACACAGUCACCGGGAGAUUCAUUCUCUACUUGAGGAAAACAUUCUUCAGUGGUAAUGGUUGCCUUCAUACUAGGAGCAUUCUGUCUUGAUUGCCUGCAUACUACAUUUGGGUUGUAGAUUUUCCCUCCAACUGUAAUCAUUAAUUUGUAACUGUAAUGAGAAGCAGUCAUGUUGACUAACACGUCUCUGAUUAAAGUAAUGUAAAUGUC